AUUCUCUUGAGCAAUCAACACAAGCAAAAUGAAACAAGACACACCUUCAAGUUGUAUACUACCAGCAGCAGCAGCAGCAGCAGCAGCAGCAAUUGAGAUAUGGAUAAUGAUCAGCUCCUUGCACCACCAUCUCCUCCUCCUCCUCAUCGCCGGAGACUUGGUGGCUGGAUCACCUUCCCUUUCAUCAUUGGGGCAAUGAUGGGGACAGGGAUUGCCACUGGAGGCAUGGCAAGCAACCUGACAGUGUAUCUGAUAGAUGUGUUUAAUAUGGGCAAGUUAAAUGCUGCUCAGCUCUCAAGCUUCGUCAAUGGUUGUCUUAACAUUGCUCCUCUUCUCAUGGCUAUUGUUUCUGACUCUUGCUUUGGUUCCUUUCUUGUUAUAUCCACUUCCAUCAUCUCUUCCUCUCUUGGAAUGCUUCUCUUCUUCCUCACUGCAACUGUCAGCUUGUUAAGAGCAUCUCAAUGUUCAUCCAUUGGUCCUUGUGAAUCUCCAACUUCUUUGCAACUUGUAGUUCUCUACACUGCCAUAACACUAUGGAUAAUUGGGGUUGGAGGAACAAGGUUGAAUCCAGCAACAAUGGGAGCCAACCAGUUUGAUAAUGCUGAUGAUCAGAGUACAUUCUUCAACUGGUAUUUGUUCUCAUUGAAUGUUGCAGCACUGGUUGGAACUGUUGGCAUUGUGUAUGUUGACGAUAAUGUUGGUUGGGGAUGGGGUUUUGGUGUUAGUGAAGCUCUCAUUGUUGCUAGUCUUGUUCUUUUCAUCUCCGGCCGGAGUUUAUAUCGCCGGCAAAAGCAGCCUCAGGGGAGUCCAUUCUCUGCUCUUUGGCAUGCAAUGCUGUUGUCUAUGAAGAUGAAGAAGAAGAUGGCUAAAUUGGAUGAAGGAGAUAAUGACUUUUGUUACCAUUCCACAAUUGAUGUUGCUGCUCAAAGAUUGCAAGAUGAAAUUAUAGAUGAUUUGCCUUCAUCAUCAUCAUCAAUUCAAUCCACAAAUCAACAUCAUCUUCAAGACUUGAAAACAGCAGCAAAGAUCCUACCCAUCUUCUUCUCUUCAGUACCAGCAGGCACCUCUGUAUCCAUGCAAGCAACCCUCACAAUCCUCCAAGCUCUGGUCAUGGACUGCCACAUUGGCCACUCAUUCCAAAUCCCCCCAGCUUCAAUGCUCGUCUUCAACCUCUCAUCCACAGCUCUCUUCAUCUGCAUCUUCGACCGCGUCAUAUUCCCGCUCUGGCGUCGCCUAACAAACCACACUCCGACACCUCUCCAACGCAUCGGUCUCGGCUACAUUCUUUGCACCAUUGCCAUAGCAUUGUCGGCACAAGUAGAACACACAAGACUUGAUACAUUAUCAAACAAGCCAAUGUCUGCGUUAUGGUUAGUGCCUCCAUUGAUGCUCAUGGGGUUAGGUGAUGCACUGCACUAUCCAGGAAGCAUGACAUUAUAUUACCAAGAGUUUCCGGCUUCCAUGCGAAGCGUCGCCACGGGCAUUGUAUCAUUGUGCAGCGGGUUAGGUUUCUAUCUUAGCACUGCAGUGAUCGGAGUUAUCCGAAAGUUCACCGACUGGUUGAAGGAUGAUAUUAAUCAGUCUAGGGUUGAUAAGGUGUAUUGGAUGAUUGCCAUGAUAGGGGUGCUCAACUUUGGCUACUUUCUUUUUUGUGUUAGGAUGUUCAAGAAAGGAACUAGUGUUGCAUGAUGAUGGUGAUCUCCUUGUAAUUCUCAAUAUCACUUGUUCGGUUUAUUAACACAAUAGGAACUUGGGCCUGGCCCAAUUCUAACACUGGGUCUGAAACAGCCCAAUUCCAACACUUAAAACAUGAUUAUGUCCAAAGGAGUAGGGUUAGAUAGAUACUUCUAAUGUCCUAUGACCUCCUGUCUUUUUUCAGAUGGGGAGACAUCAAAAUAGUUUGCAUUUUGUUGUAUUUGUCAAGAUGAUGGCAUUUUGUGUUAA